UUAAUAUCUCUUAUUAUACAUAACGAAAUAUUAUGAAAAGUAGAUAUUAAUAAUCUUUAUAUUGAGAAGAAUCAAACAAGAUGUCAAGUUCUAAGUUCUAAUUUAUAGAUUAAAAAUAAAAUAUAAAUUACUUCUUGCUAUAUUCCCGUCUUCAACUCCAUUGUUAAACGUCGCCAUUAUCUCUGGGGCAAAGAGGGACAAUCUUGGGUUUCCAUGGCCUGUAAAACCUUCUCUUUAACCAACCACCUAACCCACUCAUUUCAAUUCCUCUCCAAACUUCCACCAACUUCAUCAAUAAAUCAAAUUCACUUUGCGAACUGUUCAACUUCAAACUUCUCUAAUAGGCUAAAUUCGACUGCACUAUCAACCAAUAGCUUCACUUGGGAUGAUGUUAUUCAAAUUGGGCAGUCAGAACCCGACCUAUCUGACCUUACCGGUUUCUUUGAUAAAGUUACUGCCUGUAAUCGAAAUCUGGAAAAAUUGAAUGAGUUCGUCCCCUUUGUUGUUGAACAACAGGUUGUUGGCUAUGUACAUAAUAAAUUUUCUGAGCAUUUGAGGAGGUUCCAAGAUGUAUUCUCAUUCCCACAAGAUGUUGUGAAUACUAGUCAUUUCAAUUGGUGUAUAAGUCUGCAUCCAGCACUUAAAUCGUACGAAGAUCGGACUUCUGCAGUUGCAGAUGUAAUCAACAGCCUGGGGGAAAAACUGAUUCCAGGUAUUAGGAAUGAGCUCUACCCUGUUACGUCAUGCUUUGGGACACAAGCUUUCUUCUCACUAGAACGUGCUGCCGCUCCUUAUUUUGGAAUAAAGGCAUAUGGAGUUCACAUGAAUGGCUAUGUUGAAACAGAGGAUCAGAAAUUUCUUUGGAUCGGAAAAAGAAGUCAAACGAAGGCCACCUUUCCAGGGAUGCUUGAUCAUCUUGUUGCUGGAGGAUUGCCUUAUGGGAUUCCUUGUGGUGAGAAUAUGAUGAAAGAGUCUGCGGAGGAAGCAGGCAUUCCCGAGUCCCUCUCCAAGAGAAUCAAACCUGUUGGGGCUAUCUCUUACAUGGAUAUCAAUGGAGAUAGACUUCAGAGAGAUGUUCUUUUCUGUUAUGAUCUGAAGCUUCCAGAAGAUUUUGUUCCCAAAAAUCUCGAUGGUGAGGUGGAGAGCUUCAGGUUAAUUCCUGUUCCAGAUGUAGCAAAUGUGAUCAAGAAAAGCCAGUUUUUCAAGUCAAAUUGCACUCUUGUCAUCAUUGACUUCCUUGUCCGGCAUGGAUAUAUUUGUCCUGAAUCUGCUGGAUACUUGAAGCUUCUUCAGAGUUUAAAGAGUGGAGACUGCUCCUAAAGCUCCUUAGCACCGGAAACUGUAGCUGUAUGUAAAAAAAUGAUGGGGCAGGGGUAUGGUUGAAUCAUGAAGGCGAUCACGUAGUAUUACAGAUGAUAUUUGAUGCGACCCCCAAGGCAAAACUUGCAAUACGUCUGAUGGGAGAUUUGGAUUCAAGUAUUUUUCACUUCACUUUGUGUUUGCCAAGAAUAAAGCACUAUUGUAUAGUAGGUUUCAGAAGAAUGAUGUACCCUCAUUUCUUGUUUUGUUUGAAUGGCAUGCCUAAAUCUUUCAAUUAAAAAUACGCCAUGUUAUCAUGAAUUGCAACUCCAACUGAUCCAAGAUCGAACACUA